UUCUUUUUUUUACACCAUCAUGGCUCCUGCGGCGGACAGGCAGGGUUACUGGGGUACUCCGACUUCAACGUUGGACUGGUGCGAAGAGAAUUAUGUCGUCUCGUUUUACAUCGCGGAGUUCUGGAACACAGUCAGUAACCUGAUAAUGAUCCUUCCUCCCAUCUAUGGGGCAUUACAAACCUUUAAAAACGGACUGGAGGUCCGCUAUGCGUUGUCCUUUUUAGGACUCGCAGCUGUUGGUGUCGGUUCUUGGUGCUUCCACAUGACCCUACAGUAUGAAAUGCAGUUGCUGGAUGAGCUGCCGAUGAUUUAUAGCUGCUGCAUCUUCGUUUACUGUUUAUACGAAUGCUUCAAGCAAAAAAAUGGAGUUAACUAUUUGCCAAUUGCACUCCUCCUCUUCUUCAGUAUUACGGUCACCGUGGUGUAUUUGCAGUGGAAGGAGCCGAUAUUUCAUCAGGUCAUGUACGCCUUUCUGGUGGCCUUCUUAGUGUUUCGCUCUGUUUUCAUAGUCACAUGGGUGUAUCCAUGGCUGAGAGCGCUGUGCUACACGUCGUUAUCCGUCUUCCUGUUGGGAUUUGUUUUAUGGAACAUUGAUAAUAUAUUCUGUGACACUUUAAGAGCCACGCGACGGAGGCUGCCUCCUGUAGUGGGAGCCGUGACGCAGCUCCACGCGUGGUGGCACAUUCUGACAGGACUCGGCUCCUACCUGCACAUAUUCCUCAGCCUCCAGAUUCGGACAACUUACCUCAAGUACAGACCGAAAGUAAAGUUCCUGUAUGGCGUUUGGCCCGUGCUGCACGUCGAGUCCCAGAAGACGAAUUGAAGUUGAGGCGAGGGGACAAACACGGCGGCGGAUCUCAGAGAUCAGACGCCGCGAAACCCGGCUGCUCGUCUCCAGCCCUGACGGGGAACUGAGCAGCAGCUGGACGUACCCACAAUCCUCUAGUUCAGUGUGCUGAGUGUAGUUCGGAGAGACUUUCCCUGCUAUGGAAAGGCCUCCGUUUGUGUUGGUUGAUCACUGAUUUGAUCAGAGCUUUGUCGGAAGGAGACGACACGCACGCUUUCUUUAUGCACAACGCUGACAUACUCUAUCAUACGGUCUCACGAGAAACUACGAAUCCAACGUUCACACUAACGAGCGACAAAACGACGGUGCGAUACAAGUAAAUCAUAUAGUCGAUUAUUUUAGCGUCCGUCAUCUCCCACAGGACGUGUCGCUUGCUAGCGUGAACCCGGUGAGCAGUCGAUGGAGAUGUCAGCGGGUUAUUUUCUUUUCUUUUUAUUUACAUUUAUCUACCUAGGAAUGCUGUCAAAACCUGAUAUCGAUUGAUCCUGAGAACCAUAACUAAUCACGAAUCAUAUAUAUUUCAGCUCUAAGGCAUAAUCAGUAAUCAUGUUAUUGUUAUCACAAAUCACGUUUUGUUUCGUGGUCGAUUUCGUGCUCUGUGACUGAUUUAGUUUAAGUAUUAUAGAAGGGGAAAAUUAGAUUAGGGACAGAUUAAUGUUAAUAAUAUGGAAAAGAUGUCAAUACGGAAAUCAACUGGAAUUGAUUUUAUUUAAUUUAAUUUUUUUUUUUAUAAUUUAUUAUUAAUAUUUUUUUUUUUUAACCAUACUGUAUUUGCCUUUUUUCUGUUGUGUAAUGGCGCCACGUCUUUGAAGGAAUUGACUGAAGGAAUUAAUUUCACAUUGUGCUACUUUUUCAGAAAUACUGUAAGCUACUUUGGUAGUGUUUACUGAACGAAUCUAAGCGCUUUAUUUUAUUUCUAAUAUUUUUUAUUAGGGAUGCAUCGAUGCCGGUAUCUGUACGGGGAAUCGGUCUCUCUUGUAAACACGUAUCUUUAUCUCAGCUUGAGUUCGUUUCAAGCAGCAGACAGCGGCACACAACAUAAACACGGCUGAAUAAAACGUCCCGCGACUCGUCUGAUUGAUGAAUACGAAGCAGGUAACUGGUCAGUCAGAGAAAAACCAUCCAUCGAUACAUCCCUAAUUUCAGCCUGUAAUGUUUUUGUUUAUGACUCGUUAAAUUUCUGUUGUUAUUUCUAAUUUAUGAGCCUUGUCCUCCUUGUGAAACAUUUUAUGAAGCACGUUUAUAAAGCAUUUCAUGACGUGUAAGUGCUGUGGGAGAAAAAAAACAGACUGAUUAAGUAAUAGAUUCAUUUCUUUGUUAGACUCUGAGGAGUAAAUGAUACUAAUUCAAGUCGAAGUCGUUAGGAAUCCAGUUGCUAUGUCCAUUAUCCGUUCUCUACUCGCUCUCUCUCUCUUUCUCUCUCUCUCUCACCCCCUCUCUCUCUCUCUCUCUCUCUCUCUCUCUCUCUCUCUGUCUUUAUCUCUCUUUCUCCCUCUCUCACUUCCCCCCGUCUCUCUCCCUCUCUCUCUCUCUCUCUUUCUCCCCCUCUCCCCCUUGCUCGCUCUCUUGUUCACCCUCUUUUGCUCUCGCUUGCUCUCUUUCUUACUCUCUCUCUCCCUCUCUUUCUCUUUCUCCUAUCUCUCUCUCUGCACAGAUAUCGUUUGUUAUUUUUUUUUACACUUCAGGAAUCUUGACCCAACAUCAGCUGCACAGAAAGUGAGUCUUACUUCAUCUCACGUUCCAGAUUAGCACAGAGCUUCAGAAAGCACCGACUGUACGGCGCUUUAUCGUACACCAGGCUCCUUUCUUACCUCCUACUGAAAUCGUGUACACUUACUUGAACCGCCGGUGUGAAUCAUCUGAAAUUGUGAUAAUAUAUAUAUAUAUAUAUAUAUAUAUAUAUAUAUAUAUGCGAUGUCAAUUUUUUUGUAUUUGUACAGUGAAUGUUGUUACCACAGUGUGUCACUAUAUAAAGCUGCAGUGUAACAUAGAACAUAUUUAACACACGUAUAUGUAUUCCACCUGAACUGCUUUGGUUAGAGCGGACCUGCUGAUAUCAAGGGUGCCUUAGAUUUAGUCCUAGUGUUAUAUCACAACCAGGACUUUAUGUUAUAACAUUUAUGCGCACAACCUUGACUUUAUGUCUCUUUACGUGUCAAAUGUUAGUUUCCAUAUGUGUAAAUCUCAUCCUCCUGGUGGCAAAGGCAAAAAAAAAAAGAGCAAACAAGUAAUUACUGCCAAUACCGUUCCUGUGCCAUGUUGUGACAGGACUGACUGACCACCUGAUCUCCUGUAAAAUCACUGAAUGUAUCGUGACAAAACCACAGCACAUGUUUCUGUCUGGGAGCAUUAUGUAUUUCCUUCAACUGCUAAAAUGUUGAGUCAUUUCAGAACAAUGUCAUUAAAAUCGGUGUAGAUGGAA